AAUUGAACGGAGAGUGAGAAGAAGGAGGGAAGGAGGGAAGGAGGGAGGGAAGGUGUGAACAGUGAAGUAGCUUACUAGCUUUAGCUAUAUGCGAUGGGAAGGGUGGCCCAUGUUUGAAGGACUUUAACCAAACCACCGCCUUUUUCUCUCUUUGCCGCUGUCGCUGAGAUUCAGAUUCACAAUUCACAAAACCCACCCUCCCAAAAAUAAAUAAAAUAUAAAAAUAAAAAAUAAAAAAUUAGAAGAAGACAGAGCUCUCACGAAACAACACACACUUUUCUCUUUCUCUUUCUCCGUCUUCACCGCAUAGAAGAAUUAGAUCAAAGAACCCUUGUUUCUUUGUCCCUAUCUUCUUCAUUUCUUCCCAUUUGCUGCGCCUCCGGACAUUACGAUGUUCCUCACCGCCACAACCUUCCUUUCCUUCCUGAUUAUGUGGGUGGAUUCUCUCGGCGUGGAUAUUUCCUUGGACCAAUGCAGGGCGAACUAGAAGAAUUUACAAGCCCCAACAGAAGUGCCUCUAGAAAGAUGCAAACACCGGAUGCUGGAACAGAACAAUGUCAUUUGUCAGAGAAAACAUCUCAGGUGGGUUCCGAAUGUUUAGACAACAAGCAAGGUGUGCCUGGCAAUGUGUUAGGCAGUUCUCUUAUUGAUGACCAAGCUUCUGAGAAAAUGGCCAAGAGUUCUGAGUGUUUGGACAACAAGCAGAGCAUGCCUAGUGAUGUGUUAACAAGCUCCAUGAUUGAUGAAAACUCAAACCGUGUGGCCGAGAAUCCUGAGCUUUUGGACGACAAGCAAAGCAUGCAUAGUGAUGUGUUAACCGCUUCCGUGAUUGAUGAAAAAUCAAACCAAGUUUCUGAAAAAAUGACUGAUGGUACGCAGUGUUUGGGCAACAAGAAAAACUUGCAAGGUGAAGUGUUAACCAAUUGUGUAAUUGAUGAAAAAUCAAAUGAGGUCUCUGAAAAAUUGAUCGAGGGUCCUGAGCAUUUGGCCAGCAGGCAAAGCAUGCAUAGCGAUGAUGCAUUGACCAAUUCUGUGAUUGAUGAAAAAUCAAACCAAGUUUCUGAUAAAAUGUUUGAGUGUCUUGAGCAUUUGGCCAACAAGCAAAGCAUGCAUGGUGCUGUGUUAACCAAAUCUGUGAUUGACGAAAAGUUAAAUCAAGUUUCUGACAAAAUGACUGAGAGUCCAGAGUGUUUGGACAACAGGCAAAGCCUGCAUGGUGAUGUGCUAACCAAUUCUGUGAUUGAUGAAAAAACAAACCAAGUAUAUGAAAAAAUGACUGAGAGUCCUGAGCGUUUGGACAAGAAGCAAGGCAUGCAUGGCGAUGUGUUAAUCAAUUCGGUGAUUCGUGAAAACUCAAACCAUGUUUCUCGCAAAAUGACUGAGAGUUCUCAGUGUUUGGACAACAAGCAAAGUGUAAUUGACGAGGUGUUAACCAGUCAUGUGAUUGAUGAAAAAUCGAACCAAGUUUCAGACAAAACGACAGAGAGUUCUCAGUGUUUACACAAUACACAAAGCAUGCCAAGCAAUGUGUUAACCAGCUCUGUUAUUGAUGAAAACUCAAACCAAGGUUCUGGAAAAAUUAUUAGGGGUGCUGUUAUUGCACUGCCUGCACAACGCCAGCGUGAUUUGAAAAAGAGUUGUCAAACUGCAGAAGGUUCAUGCUCUCAUCGGAGUACCUCAGAACAAGACCCCUCUCAUUUGUCUAAUGACAAAUCAGAGAUCAAAUGUGAGCCUUUUUCUCAGAAUGGCCAAAAUGUGUCCGUGGAAAUAAAUAAUCCUGUAACUGGCUCUCUUGUUGAGAACCAAAUGCUAUCUGUUCCAACACAAGUGAACACCACUUCUGCAAAUGGACUACAGGAUCCAGCUCCAGCAUCUGUAGAUGUGAAAAAUACUGGUUUGAAAUGUUCAAAAAGAAACUCUACAGCCACAACAUCUAUGCAGUUGAGCUGCAAGGGUAAAAAAAGCUCAAAAUUAUUAAAGAAGAAGUAUAUGCUAAGGUCAUUAGGAAGCAGUGAUAGAGCUUUGCGAUCAAGGACACGCGAAAAACCUAAACCACCUGAGUCAAAUAGCAAUUUGGUUGAUGCUAAUAAUGAUGGCGUGAAGAAUAAAAGGGGGAAGAAGAAGAACAAAAAGAGAGACGGGGAAGGAGUUAUUGAUGAAUUUUCUAGAAUAAGAGCUCGCUUAAGAUAUUUAUUGAAACGAGUUAGCUAUGAGCAGAACUUGAUUGAUGCUUAUUCUAGUGAGGGCUGGAAAGGAUACAGUUUGGAAAAGUUAAAGCCUGAAAAGGAGCUUCAACGGGCUAAGACUGAAAUACUUCGACGUAAAUUGAAAAUGAGGGAUCUCUUUCGAUAUUUGGAUUCAUUGUGUGCUGAAGGAAGGCUUCCUGAAUCUGUGUUUGAUUCUGAAGGAGAGAUUGACAGUGAGGAUAUAUUCUGUGCAAAAUGUAGUUCCAAAGAGUUGAGCACAAACAAUGAUAUAAUUCUCUGUGACGGUGCUUGUGAACGUGGAUUUCACCAGCUUUGUGUGGAUCCUCCUUUGUUAACUGAAAACAUUCCACCUGGCGAUGAGGGUUGGCUAUGCCCGGGAUGUGAUUGCAAAGAUGACUGUAUUGAACUUGUUAAUGACUCCUUAGGAACACGUCUCUCUCUUGAGGAUAGCUGGGAGAGGGUUUUUCCAGAAGCAGCUGCAGUUGAUGCAUUCAAUGUGGAUCACAACUCAGGACUUCCUUCUGAUGAUUCUGAUGAUGAUGAUUAUGAUCCUGAUGUUAAAGAAGAUGUGGAGGCUGAAGGGGGUGAAUCAAGUUCUGAUGAAUCUGAGUAUGCUUCUGCUUCUGAGAAAUUGGAGGAUUCAGGCCAUGAGGAUCAGUACAUGGGCCUUCCUUCUGAAGAUUCUGAGGAUGAUGAUUAUAAUCCUGAUGCUCCAGAUCAAGACAUGAAAGUUGCAGAGGAAAGUUCGAGCUCUGAUUUCACAUCUGAUUCUGAGGAUCUUGCUGCUACAAUUAAUGAUAAUAUGCCCCCAGGACACGGUGAAGAUAUCACAUCUGCAUCAUUGGAUGAUGCAAAGAAGUUUAAAGGAUCCAGCAAAACAAGUAAAGUCGGUAAGAAGCCAUCUAUAACUGAUGAAUUGUCAUCUUUACUAGAGGCAGAUCCUGGCCAAGAGAGUUACACUCCUGUUUCGGGGAAAAGAAAUGUGGAAAGGUUGGACUACAAAAAGCUGUAUGAUGUAAGUUCUAGUGGAUGCAUAGAGUCAAAGUUAUUUCUUGUCACAUUCUUUACUACCCCAACUAGGAAGAAGAAUGUCACUGGUAAAUUGACUCCAAUGUCACCAAAUAGAAAAGCCUCAAAUAAUUCUACACAUACUCUGAGAAGUGACGGUAAAGCUGAAAAAACAAAUAACUCAGCUGCUAAAUCACUUGAAGGCUCUGGAAAAUCAGGUUCCGGGGAGAAAAAACUAAGAUCUUCAACAUACAACAGACUUGGAGAUGUUGCAAUUGAGAGACUUUACAAAUCUUUCAAAGAGAAUCAGUAUCCAGAUCGGACCACAAAAGAAAGCUUGGCACAAGAAACAGGACUCACACUUCAGCAGGUAAGUAAAUGGUUUGACAACACCAGAUGGAGCUUUAGGCAUUCAUCCCAUAAGGAACCCAGGACAGGUGAAAAUGCUUUGGCACAGACCACUGAUAACAUAUCUGAAAAUGAGGUGGCACCUGCUGGAGAGAACAGGGACAGUGAAUUAUUCCCCCAAGAUGUCACCGGAGAAAACUCAAAAACCCCAAGCUCUAAAAAGAGGAAGGGUAUGUCUGAACCCCUGGCAUCUGAGUCUCCUCAGAAUGCUGAUAAAGCAUCAAGUCAUAAAAUGAAGACAAGGAAAAGAAAAUGACACAUUGUUGAUGACUGAAGCUUAAUAUCUUUCAAAGCAGCCAAAUUAAGGUAUCCAACCUAUUGUGCGAUUUAAGUCUCUAAGAUGAUCAACUUUGGAUCUUGUGGAUUUGAAUGUGUGCCAUUUGUAAUCUUAGAAAAAUAGUUUUUAGAUGUCCAUCCUAGCAGAUUUAGUUUUAGCUUUUCCCCUCAUGCGAAUUGCAAACACUCAAUAGUUGCCCUGUACCCUUUUUAAUAUUAUUUUUUUAGGAUCAUUUUCAUUUACAGAGACCCCAUUCCUUCAUUUUUUGAGGGUUGUAUGCCAACAAGACAAAACGCCAAAGUAGAAGAUGAAUAUUAGGGGAGAUCUUUUUUCUUUUAAACAUUAGAAUUCAAUUUACAUCAUUCUAUUGACAUGUAGGCAAUAGUAACAGCUUAUAGCAGCUAGUGUUUUAUUAUACAUUACAAGUUACAACUUACAAGUUGCACAACAUGCAACACUCGUCUUGCUAUUUGAGGGUUAUCUUCUAUCA